AUGGAGGCAACUGCGCUGAGCGUUGGCAAGUCUGUGCUGAAUGGAGCACUUAGCUACGCCAAAUCCGCUCUGGCGGAGGAGGUGGCUUUGCAGCUCGGUGUCCGCCGUGACCAGCUCUUCAUCACCAACGAGCUUGAGAUGAUGCAGGCUUUCUUAGAGUCUGCUCAUGACGAGGGAGAUGACAACAACAGGGUGGUGAAGGUAUGGGUGAAGCAAGUUCGAGAUGUAGCGUACGAUGUCGAGGAUACCCUCCAGGAAUUUUCCGUUCGUUUGGAGAAGAAGUCCUGGUGGCGUAUCCGUCGCACGCUGCUUGAUCGGCGCCGUGUGGCCAAGCAGAUGAAGGAGCUCAGAGCCAAUGUUGAAGAUGUCAGCCAGAGGAACAUGCGCUACAACCUCAUCAAGGGUUCUACAUCCAAGUUCACCAUGGCUGCUGAGCAGUCUAGCAUUGCUUCUGCAACACUGUUCGGCAUUGAUGAAGCAAGGCGUGUCGCGAAGCAGGAGAAAUCAAACAUGGAUCUAGUCCAGUUGGUUACUGAGGAGGAUAAUGACCUUAGGGUGAUUGCAGUGUGGGGAACAAGUGCUAAUCUUGGGCAGACGUCCAUCAUUAGGGCCGUCUAUGAGAAUCCAGAUAUUAAAAGCAAGUUUUCAUGCCGAGCUUGGGUCAGGCUUAUGCAUCCUUUCAAUCCAGAAGAUUUCAUUAAUAGUUUGGUGGAGCAGUUUCAUGCAACAGUUGGGGUCAAUUUUCUAUUGGAAAGGAAGAAGACGGUGCAAGAGUUGACUGAGGAGUUUGAUGGAUUUGUGUACAAGAGGAGGUACCUGAUUGUGAUUAAUGACCUAUCCACCAUUGAGGAGUGGGAUCAGGUCAAGAGAUGCUUCCCAAACAACAACAUGGGGAGCAGAAUCAUAGUGUCAACACCACAAGUUGAAGUUGCAAGCUUAUGUGCAGGGCAACAAAGCAUCGUCUCAGAGCUGAAGCAAUUGUCUGCUGAUCAGAAUAUUUAUGCUUUCCACGAAAAGUCAAGCACAGACAAACCCACUACUAGAAAUGAUAAGAAAUCUAUAGUGCCCAUCAGUGAGAUUUCAGAGGAGCAGUCUAAAGGUGCGGAUGGUAAGAAGGUGGUGGGAAAGAGCCUCACCCGCAUCAGAACAGUGACGACUGCUUUGGAGGAAUCUCAUGUUGUUGGGCGAGAGAAAGAAAAAGAUGAGAUUAUCAAAUUAUUUGCAGGUCAAGCUACCGAUCAGUUCCAGGUGAUCUCAGUGUGGGGAAUGGGUGGUCUCGGAAAAACCACUCUAGUCAAAGAUAUCUACCACAACAAGCUCAGUGGCAUGUUUGACAAACGCGCAUGUGUAACAGUCAUGCGCCCUUUCAGUCUUGUGGAGCUCCUUCGAAGCUUAGUUAUGCAACUAGAACCUUCUGAAAAGAAGGAUGUCACGGGUUUGAUGGGCAAGACAAAGAAUGCAUUUGUUUUGAUGCCACUUGCUGAGUUGAUCAAGAAAUUGACAAGUAUUUUAGAAAUAAAUAAGUGCUUGCUUGUUCUUGAUGAUGUAUCAUCUACCGUAGAAUGGGACAUGAUAAUACCAAUUUUUCAUGAAAUGGUAAAUUCAAGCCGGAUCAUAGUCACCACAAGGGAAGAGGAUAUUGCUAAAUAUUGUUCAGAGCAAAAGGAAAAUAUAUACAUGCUCAAAGGUCUAGAACACAAGGAUGCAUGCGACCUCUUUGCCAAAAAGGAGACUAUAGAUUUGGAUAAGCAAUACCCUGAGCUGGCUGAACAGGCAGAACUGAUAUUGCGCAAGUGCAACUGCCUCCCCCUUGCAAUAUCUUGCUUCCUCUAUAUGUCCAUCUUUCAUGAAGACCAAAGGGUUGGGCGGGGACGCUUGGUGCGCCGGUGGACUGCAGAGGGUUACUCAAGGGAGGUUCAAGGCAAAUCCAUGGAGGAAAUAGCAGAUGGUUACUUCAUGGAACUUAUAAGCAGGAGUAUGAUUUUACCAUCUGAAAGCUCAAUCCAUAGUACAAAAGGGAUUGAUUCCUGCCAAGUGCAUGAUCUCAUGCGUGAUAUUGGUAUCUCAAAGUCAAUGAAAGAAAAUCUUGUUUUUGCACUAGAGGAAGGCUGCAUCUCAAACAGCCAAGCCACUAUGCGCCACCUUGCUAUAAAUGGCAAUUGGCAAGGAGACCAGAGUGAAUUUGAUAGCAUAGUGGACAUGUCCCGUGUACGAUCAUUGACAGUUUUUGGGAAGUGGAAAUCAUUUUUCAUUUCCAACAAGAUGAGUUUACUGCGGGUACUGGACUUAGAAGACACAACAGGUCUAUGUGAUCAUCACCUUAAGCAUAUUGGGAAGCUUCUUCACCUAAGAUACAUUUCUUUAAGAGGAUGUGGUAAUAUUUAUCACCUGCCAGAUUCAUUGGGUAACUUGCGACAACUCCAAACGUUGGAUGUAAGAGGUACGAGGAUAAUAAAGUUGCCAAAGAGUAUCAUCAAUCUUCAGAAGCUGAAUAAUCUUCGUGUUGGGUUAAAACCGGAGAAUGAGCAUGCCUCGUAUGACCAAGAUGGAGACGAGGGAGUAAUGAGCUACAUGGCAUGCAUAUUGCCAGUUGUGUUGACUGGAUCUUGUUUAUUUUGGUGUGCACCUCAAAUCCUUGAUAAAGUCAUUAACCGCCGUGACGUAUGCACUAUGAUGUGCUGCUUUGUAAUACCUGCUUUUGUGAUGCGCAUGGGGCUACAUGGUGUUUCACUCCCAAGAGGGAUGAGAAAACUAAAAGCCCUACGUACAUUGGGUGUUGUGAACAUCGCACGACGGGGAAAGGUCAGUCUGCAUAACAUAAAAAGACUCACACGGUUGCGCAAGUUGGGAGUGACUGGCCUCAACAAGGAAAACGGACAAGAGCUGUGUUGGACAAUUGUUGGUCUGGGUUGCCUGGAAUCAUUGUCGAUCCGGUCAGAGGGGAAGCCAGGAUUAUCUGGCUGCUUAGAUGGAGAGUUCUCAUUUCCGGAAAACCUGCAGAGCCUCAAGCUGUAUGGUAACCUGGUCAUACUACCGGAAUGGAUCCAGGGGCUGAGGAAUCUGGUAAAGCUGAAGCUGCGGAGCUGUAGAAUAUCAGAGCACAGCGGUGCCAUGCAGGUCCUUGGGAAUCUACCAAACCUGGCAUCCCUGCAUCUGUUGAAGAAGUCGUUCCAGCGGAGCAAUGCAAAUAAGCAUCUAUUAUUGAAGUUUGAACCAGGAGCAACCCCUAAGCUAGAGCUGCUCAAGUUCCGUUCGGCAUACAUCAAUAGUCGGACACUCUCAGGGCUACCAACUCUGGCAAGCCUGAAGGAGGUUAUGCUCGAAGGUGACUAUGAUGACAACGAAUUGGAAUACCUGAGGGCCGAGCUCGCAGAAAAUCCAAGUCGACCGGCCAUAAAGAUGGUCUGA